GUUUUCGGAUUGGCUCCUGGGAAAAAAGUGCGAGUUUCAAACAUAUGAAAAGACAUACAUGAAGAUUGAAGGGUUUAUAAUUAUAGUACAACAAAACAAAUGAUCUAUUGAAACAAUUGAUGAAGAACCUGUAGAACUUAAGACAAAAUGACUUCACAAUAUGCUGAACUGAGGGGGUUGUAUCAUUUAAGGGAAACUAUAGGCUCUGGAGGAUUUGCUAAAGUCAAGUUGGGAUACCAUUCUCUCACGGGAGAAAAGGUUGCCAUCAAAAUUAUGGAUAAAAGAGCACUGGGGGAUGAUUUACCCAGAGUCAAAACAGAAAUAGAAGCUAUGAAAAAUUUGUGUCAUCAGCAUAUUUGUAAACUGUAUCAAGUAAUAGAAACAGAACAGAAAGUUUACAUGAUUCUUGAGUAUUGUCCAGAAGGAGAAUUAUUUGAUUACAUUGUAUCUAAAGAUAGACUUGCAGAAGACGAAGCUAGGAUAUUUUUCAGACAGAUAGUAUCAGCAGUUGCCUAUAUUCAUAGCCAGGGAUAUGCUCACAGAGAUCUUAAACCGGAAAAUUUGUUACUAGAUGAGGACCAGAAUUUAAAGUUGAUAGAUUUUGGUCUGUGUGCCAAGCCACAGGGAGGAAUGGAAAACCAUCUGUAUACCUGCUGUGGUAGUCCUGCAUAUGCAGCUCCAGAACUUAUAUCUGGUAAAGAAUACAUAGGAUCACAGGCUGAUUUAUGGAGUAUGGGUAUUCUGUUAUAUGCAUUGUUGUGUGGUUAUCUCCCUUUUGAUGAUGAGAAAAUUCCACAGUUAUACAAGAAAAUCCAGAGUGGAAAAUAUGAGAAUCCUCCAUGGUUAUCAGAAGAAAGUAAAACGUUGAUGUCACGGAUGCUACAGGUGGACCCCCAGAGUAGAUUGACUAUUAAACAGCUAAUAUCACAUCCUUGGUUAACUAAAGAUACAAACGUACCAGUAGAAUGGAGAAGUAAAUAUAAGAGAAGUUUAGAUGAGGACUGUAUUACAGAGUUAGCUGUACAUUAUGGUAAAACAAAAGCAGAAAUGGAAAGGGAUGUGACUCAGUUCAAAUUUGAUUAUUUAACAUCUUCCUACUUUUUACUGCUGGAAAAGAAAAUGAAAGGUAGACCUGUCAGAUUACUGCACCAGAAACAGAUACAAAGUCAGACUCCUUGCAGGCCUAGGAGCCAAAGUGCGGAUCCAUCUUUCAGCAUUGAGUUAACUCCUAUUAGUUACACACCAACUCAAAAGACCAAUACACAUUGUGAUACAAAUGACCUUGGACCAAGGCCACCUCCCUGUGGUUGUGAGGAAAGAGGGAGAAGUCGAGCUCGAGAGAGAUUACCAUUUUCGACUAGUGAUGAAAAUUCAGAAAAUAAGGAAAAUGAAAAUAAAGAAAAUUUUCUUGUUCCAAAGACGCCAUCAAUAGUUAACAGAACCCCUAAACCUAAAUCUGCAAAAGCUCCACGACCUGUAUCCACACAGCCUAUAAAAACAAGGUCACCUCUAAUGGCCAAACAGUUGCCAUUGUUAGAUGAUACAUUAUGCACACCUGGAAAGUCAGAUAACUCCUAUAUCAACACAACCUUAUCACCAUCCCGGUCUUAUGAUUCACAACUCAACAACUUACAGAAAGAAAAAGCUCUCAGUGCAAGAAAAAAACCAAUUGAUUGCCAGAGAGGAUCAUCUGUAGAUGAAUGUUUACAUAGAGAACCUGACACACCCGGCUCAGCCUCCAAAACAAGGAAAGGAUCUGUAUUUGGUAGUCUUGAAAGGGUAUUUAACAUGUUAACCCCUAAAAAACAGAGAAACUCAUCCACAGAUGGACCCAGAAAAGUUAAGGCUUUACAUAACGUAUACAGGACAGGAGAAUUUAGUGCUGACUUUGUUUUAAGUAGAAUCAAAGCUGUGAUAGAAGAAAAGUUUAUACCCUACAAGCAAAGCGACUACACUUUACGAUGUACGGUAAUGGAUGAUUGGAGACGAGUUCAAUUGGCAUUUGAUUUGGAAGUAUGCUCGUUGCCUAAAAUGCCUUAUAUUGGUGUAUGUAGAAAGAGAGUAAAAGGGGAUACCUGGCAUUACAAAAAACUGUGUGAAGAUAUUCUGGCAUCGUGUAAAUUAUAAUGGUGAAGCUGUGAUAUAGCCAGAUAUUUUGUAGAGGGAAAAGAUAUUUUAGUAAUAUUAUAAGGCAAUAAAGUGCUGUGGAUUAAUAAUCAAGUUAAAACUUGGCUAUUUACCUCUUUUUUUAUUUGUAAACAAAUUGUUGAAAUUAUUCACCAGUCAAUUUCAGGUUUUUAUUUGUGAACACAAUUUUUUACCAGAUUUUUCCAAGUUUGGUUAACUAGAGUGGAUUCAUUUAUUUUUUGUGGGUACCAAUUUGCAUGGAUUAUGGAAAACUGUAUUUUUUUUGUGGAUUUUGUGAUUUUAUGGUUUAAGAAAAAUGAAUACAAGCCUUUAAAAAAUGUGUACUACAUUGAACAUUGAAAUUCAUGGUUCACCUGAACCCACAAAAUCCACAAAAAUUGUUAUCCCACGAAUAUUUAUGAAGCCACAGUAUAGCAUUUAUGAUAGUUUUAUGAUUUUAAUCAUGCAAUUCUUUAAUUCUGUCCAAUUUAAAUUCUAGGCUUCUGCCAACAAUGUUUUUAUUGUAGGAAUACAUGACUUUUAAAUUUUACUGACCGAUUUUAAGCUAAGAAAAUAUUCAAAUGAUCUAUGUUUUCAUGUUUAAAUGAAAUGUUUGUUUAUCAUCCGUGACAAAAUACCUACAAAUAUCCCAUAUUAACUAAUGAAAGGUAUGGCUGAUUAAGCAAGAUAUAAAUAUGAAGUUAUGGGGAAUAUUGAAUGGCAAUUAUUUGGUGAUAUUCAUAAUCUCAACAGUGUCAACCUUUUUUACCUAUUUUCCACCAUUUCUUCAUUAAAGACAGUUUUAUUUAUAAAAUUUAAACAGAAAAUAAUUUUGUCAGAUGUAUUUUAAAACUUAUUAAACAGAUCUUGAUUUUCAUAUAUUCUUAAAUAAACAAAAUUUAAUUGGGCAAAAAAAAAGUCUUGUUGGCCCUUGACUCUGUUUCAUUUACCAUAUAUAUACACUUUCUUAGAAUGGUUUAUAACUUUCAUAAAUAUUAGGCCAAAAUAAAAUAUAUGUCUAUUUACUGUUACCCGACUGACCCUAAUUUGAACGCUGACCCUAAGUCAUUUUUAUUUCCAUUGUAAAGUGAAAAAUUAAUUGUAAGUGAAGUUAAGAGUUUCCAAUAGAUUAAAUCAAUUGCCUUAUACAUUCCAAUGUUCACAAUCUUGAAUAUGACAGCUGUUUUAAGAAAACUUGUGACUCAUAUGUUGAAAUAAACACUUUGCUGCCAUUUUUUUCCAACCAAUAACCAAGGAAAUUAUAUCCAAUCCUUAAAAUUAUGGGUAAACUCAGCCCAUGGACAACUCUGAAACAUGGCAUGACAGACUGUACGACUCAAAAUCAUGUUGCAGAAAAUAAAAUGAAAAACAAAAUAAAUAAAAUGGAAAUACCAACCUAACUAUGGUUACCUACCCUGUUUUUUAUGAUGUAACCUUAAAUAGACAUUUUUUUUUUUUGCCUUAGUCUCUUGGUUGCAUUAUGAGACUUCAUAUUUCUAUUGCUUGUUUAUGUAUGGAAGUAGAACUUCCUAAAUACUAGUACAAUGUAAGACAACAAUUACAUGUAAAUACUAUAAAAAUGCUUUAAAUAAUUAUAAACAUCUUUCAAAAAACUUAUCCUUGAAGCUAAAAGUUAUGGGGUGAAAAAAGAGAGAAAGAAAAGGACAGAAAUGCAAUGUAAAUAUAAAUAUGGUGCUUUAUUUAUUACAAUACUCCAAACAUACAAAUUUAAAAUUAUUAUAUUCUUUGUAUUAAAUUAUAAAAUCUAUAAAGUGUUAGUCCUUGUAAAAAUCAUACAAACCGUCAUGACAUUAAAGUACACACCUUUUGUUUUUGAAUGUCAUAUCAUUUCUAUUUGCUGAAGGGGAAACUAAUUUAGAGUAUUGCUUUGAUAUCAAAUUGAUGAGUAGAGAUAAAGUUUGGUUUUGUCUCCCCCAAAAGUUGUAAGAGAUGAAUAAAGAAUUACAGGCACCAUUGACGUUAAUGCUGUAACUCAUAGAAUUUAUGCUGUAACUCAUAGAGUUUAUGUUGUGACUCACAGAGUUAUUGCUGUAACUCAUAGAGUUUAUGCUGUAACUCAUAUAGAGUUUAUGCUGAAGGAAUGAUGCUCCAAGUGUGGUUGUGUUAGAAUAUUCUGUAUCUUCAGAAUUUUUAAUUGUAUACUUUUUUUUACAUAUUGUAAAGUACUUAACAAUUAUUGUAAAUAUUAAAGCAAUAAACUAAUUAUACUCAUAAAA